AGGCAUCAGUUGCAGUUGAAGGAGUUCAGUGCCUGUCUGCGUCUGGGUUACUUCAUUUCAGCCGCGAUUUUCAGAUACUCCUAUAUCUUUCUCUCGCUGAUAACUGUAUCGGUGUAUUGGAAAAUCAGUUGCAGUUUUGACUAAUUUUGACUUAUUUUUGUGUAUAGAAUUGGAAAAAAAAAUGAAAUAAAGGAUUAUCACAUUACACUAUAGGCAGCUUGAAUCAUGGCAAGAGGCAUAUUGAGAAUAUGCCUGAACAAUAAACGAUUUUUAGAGCUUAGACUGAAAAAUGGUACCAAAAGAAGAAAUUUUUCUACAAGUCAGUUGUAUCAAAAGGAAGAACAAAUCCACGGAAUUCCUUAUAAUAAGUUGACUAUUGGUGUUCCGAAAGAAAUAUGGCAAAACGAGAAAAGAGUGGCAAUUACACCUGCAGUAACACAAAACCUAACGAAAAAAGGUUUUAACGUUAACAUAGAAGAAAGGGCUGGCGCACUAGCUAAAUUUAGAAAUGAAGAUUACGAACAGGCUGGUGCUAAAUUAGUCGAUAAUAGAAGUAUAUUUAAUUCAGAUAUUAUAUUAAAAGUCAGACAGCCUUUGGAUACUGAAAUAGCCAAAUUCAAAGAAAAUUCCACGUUAAUAUCAUUCCUGUAUCCAGCUCAGAAUGCUGAUCUAGUUAAGAAGUUAGCUGAUAGAAAAAUUAAUGCAUUUGCGAUGGACUGCAUUCCAAGAAUAUCUAGGGCUCAAGUUUUCGAUGCCUUAAGUUCCAUGGCCAAUAUUGCUGGGUAUAGAGCUGUUGUUGAAGCAGCCAAUCAUUUUCCCAGAUUUUUAUCAGGUCAAAUCACUGCGGCUGGUAAAGUACCGCCAGCAAAAGUGCUUGUGAUUGGUGGAGGAGUAGCUGGUUUGGCUGCUAUUGGCCAGGCAAAAUGUAUGGGCGCAAUUGUCAGAGCGUUCGACACUAGAUCUGUGGUGAAAGAACAAGUUGAAUCCCUUGGAGCCGAAUUUUUGACAGUAACAAUUGAGGAAGAAGGCGGAGACUCAGGAGGCUACAGCAAAGAAAUGUCCAAAGACUUUAUCGAAGCUGAGCAUGCUCUAUUCGCAAAACAAUGCAGCGAAGUCGACAUUAUUAUUUCCACAGCUUUGAUUCCUGGCAAAAAGGCACCCGUACUUAUUUUAAAAGAACAUAUUGAAAAAAUGAAACCUGGCAGCGUCGUAGUUGAUUUGGCAGCCGAAGCAGGUGGCAACAUUGAAACAACUAAACCAGGACAAAUAUAUUCGUUUAAUGAUGUUACACAUGUAGGGCUUACCGAUUUCCCUAGUAUGUUGCCUACUCAAAGCUCAACUCUAUAUGCAAAUAAUAUUUCAAAAUUUCUAUUAUCUAUUGGUGAUAAAAAUCACUUCAAUAUUGACCUGAACGAUGAAGUUGUCAGAGGAAGUAUGAUUUUGGACAAAGGCAAGUUAAUGUGGCCUCCUCCAAAGCCUGCUGGACCGCCUGUUGUAGCUGCUAAGAAAACUGAAGCUGUCCAACCUGCCACUGUCCCAACAAAAGAAAUCACCCCCUUCAAAAAGACUUUGGAUACCGCCUUGAUGACAACAGCGGGCAUAGGCAGUAUUGUAGGCUUAGGAAUGGUCUCGCCGAAUCCAGAGUUCACUUCUAUGCUCACAGUUUUGGGUUUAUCAGGCAUUGUAGGCUAUCAUACAGUGUGGGGAGUAACUCCGGCCCUGCAUUCGCCUCUUAUGUCGGUUACUAACGCUAUUUCUGGAAUUACUGCUGUUGGGGGUUUGUUGUUGAUGAACGGAGGUUACUAUCCUACUAAUGCUGUCGAGGUGUUAGCUGCCAGUGCUGCCUUUGUGUCGUUCAUUAACAUUUUUGGAGGGUUUUUAGUGACUAAAAGGAUGUUGGAUAUGUUUAGAAGAUCCACUGAUCCACCAGACUACAACUCCCUCUACGCCUUACCAGCAGCCGUAUUUCUAGGAGGCUACGGUUACGCUGCCAUGUCUGGAUUAGCAGAAGUCCAUCAGGCAGCUUACUUAGCAGCUUCCCUUUGCUGCGUCGGCGCCCUGGCUGGACUCAGCAGCCAAGCUACCUCCAGACUAGGAAACAGUUUAGGAAUCAUUGGAGUAACUGGCGGAAUAGCGGCUACUUUAGGGCAAAUAGCGCCAAGCAAUGAGGUGCUAGUGCAAAUGGCUGCUGUAGCUUUGGGUGGAGGCGCUAUCGGGUCGAUUAUAGCCAAGAAAAUUCAAAUCACUGAUUUGCCCCAAUUGGUAGCGGCUUUUCAUAGUUUGGUUGGCAUGGCCGCUGUUUUGACCUGUAUUUCAACGUAUAUACAUGAUUUUGAUAGUUUUGCUACCGAUCCUGCAGCUAAUGUUGUUAGAACUGCCUUGUUUUUGGGCACAUAUAUUGGAGGAGUAACGUUUAGUGGCUCUUUAAUAGCCUAUGGUAAACUUCAAGGGGUCCUCAAAUCAAGCCCUCUUCUUCUUCCAGGCCGUCACGCCAUAAACUCUUCCUUACUGCUAGCGAAUAUUGCAGCAGGAGGUUACUUGUUCUAUGAUCCCACAUUGGCAGGAGGUUUAGGUGCUUUGGGCACUACAGCCGCUUUGAGUACAGCUAUGGGUGUGACUCUGACUUCAGCUAUAGGCGGUGCUGAUAUGCCUGUUGUGAUAACAGUAUUGAACAGUUACUCGGGUUGGGCAUUGUGCGCAGAAGGUUUUAUGUUGAAUAAUAAUUUGAUGACUAUUGUGGGAGCUUUGAUUGGUUCUUCUGGAGCUAUUUUGUCUUAUAUUAUGUGCAAGGCCAUGAAUCGUUCCUUACCAAAUGUCAUUCUGGGAGGCUAUGGUACUUCGAGCACCGGAACUGGCAAACCAAUGGAAAUCACUGGUACUCAUACCGAAAUCAACAUAGACGGCGCUGUAGAAUCGAUCAACAACGCCCGCAAUAUAAUUAUAGUUCCUGGCUACGGACUGUGUGUAGCUAAAGCUCAAUAUCCCAUUGCUGAAAUGGUAGAGGUAUUAAAAAAAAAGGGAAAAAAUGUCAGAUUUGCUAUUCAUCCGGUAGCUGGCCGUAUGCCAGGUCAAUUAAAUGUAUUAUUGGCCGAAGCUGGAGUUCCUUAUGAUGACGUAUUGGAAAUGGAUGAGAUUAAUGAGGAUUUUAAUAGUACCGAUUUGGUACUGGUUAUUGGAGCGAAUGAUACUGUAAAUAGUGCCGCCGUUGAUGAUCCCAAUUCACCCAUUGCUGGUAUGCCAGUGAUGAACGUUUGGAAGUCUGAGCAUGUGAUUGUUAUGAAGAGAUCUUUAGGUGUUGGUUAUGCAGCUGUCGACAACCCAGUAUUUUUCAAAACCAAUACUUCCAUGUUACUGGGCGAUGCUAAGAAAACUUGCGACGCCCUCUUACAUAAGAUAAUGCAAGAAAAUUGA